AAACCAAGAAAGAGGAAAUAUAGUAGCAGGAGCAGGGAGCAUCAUUAGAAGAUCUGUUGGUCCUCAUUUUCGCAUUUUUGUGACAAGAAGUGUCAAUCGACAUACCCACUUUCUGGAUCCAAUAACUAGCAUCUCAUUUCCAACAUACCCUUUUCAUCAAUUUCACCACUCACUCGCUCUCUCUUGAAUUCAGUUCAUUCAUCACAUCUUACUCACUUACUUUGAUACCAUUAUUCAUCUCUUGAAAAAGAAAAAGGAAAGCCAUCACAUUAAAAUUCUUCUUCAUUUUGAUAUAAUUUAGAUUACAUAUAGAAUAGAUUGUACAAAUGGAUAAGAGCUUCACUGCUGAAGAUCUAUCCACGAUCGGAGGAAUCGCAACAGUUUCGCUUCUUCAUUCAUUCAUUCCAACGCAUUGGCUUCCCUUUUCCAUUGUCGGGCGUGCCCAGAAAUGGACUCUCUCCAGAACCCUCCUUGUUACGGCAUUUGGGGCAGUUUUGCAUGUAAUAUCUACUUCACUUCUUGGUAUAACAGCAAUCACCAUAACAAACACAAUUGCUGGGGAAGAAACUGUUCAUAAACUCGCUUCACUUUUGCUUGUAAUUCUUGGUGGUAGUUACGUAUUAUUGUUUCUCUCUGGAAAGGGUGGACACAGUCAUUCUCACAACCAACCAAUGGAAAAAAUGGCUGUCGCAGGGCUCGUCCUUGUUCCUGCAUUAUCCCCUUGUGCUACCACACUUCCAGUUUUUCUUGCUGUUGGAAAUUCAUCCUCCAUGAUGGUGCUUGCUAUCAUAGUGCUACUAUUCAGCACUAUAACUGUGAUGACCUCACUGGUGGCUCUAUCAUUCUAUGGUGCUAGCCAGCUCAAGUUUCAUUGGGUGGAGCGAUAUGACAAACUUCUUGUGGGUUCAGUUUUAUGUUUGGUAGGAGUCUUGACACUAAUUUUCCAUGAUCAUGAUCAUGAUGGAGAUGGAGGUUUGUCAGGAGAGCAUUUGCAUAGGAAAAUCAUUCAAUCUCUAUAAGUACUCUUAUUAUGGUGUAGUAUUGUAUUUUGGUAUAGUAUCUUAGGUUUGUAGGGUAUCCUCUUCUGGUUCAACAAGGCAUUGGCUGCAAAACGACCGGAUGAUUGUGAGUAAAUGGGGUAUUGAAUUUGUUUUGUUGGAGUUCAUUCUUAUAAUAUAUAGUCCUUCUGUCUUUUGUCUGCCUCUGUUUUUCUGCAUGCAUGCAUGAGCUCUAAUCUUGUGUCUUGAGCUCAUUUGCUUCAGAAACACUAGUCCAUGGUGUUUCUCUGCUAUGAAGCAGGUAGAGGCUGUGGAAAUUCUGUACCGUCGCAUUCUUCCGAUUGCCUCUUGAUUUCAAGUCCUGAAACUUGAUCAUUUUAUUAUGUUAGACACUUAGAAGAUGUUAAAUUAACGAAAUGAAUUUGGCUUUGUAUCCCUA